GGAAUUUGCCUACGGGAAUCUCGAACACAACACGCCAGAUUUGCUGUCUCUGUCCAGAUAUUUAAGAAGUGGAGCAAGAGAUUUACUCGAUCAUCCUUCCUGCUCAGACGUUCGACCAGUGGUGAGAGGUUUCAUGGAAGGAAAACCCCAACUGGACGCAAACCACGACUGAAGACGAGGGAACAGCAACAAGUGAACCAGCCCGAGGACUGAGAGCACCGACUGGAGAGGACCCAUCUGACUCGGAGAUUCCAGUGAUUCAGUCAGGAGAAAGUUUGCCACAGUUGUGUCCUCCUGCCUUUCCAAUGCUCAACUUCUUUGGGAUGUGUCUAUCACUCAGCUCCCGAGUUGCUCCCAGAAACUCCAGCCAUUGCUGCUCCGUCGUCACUCCUACCAGACUCCCCUUCCAGUCAGGUUUGGCCAGCUUCUCUGUCACAGAAACAUGGAGAAAGUCAGAACAGAAACAAGCCCACUCUGGACGAUCGGAAUGGUUAAAAAUGAGAAGGAAUUUGUCUCCAGGAAUCUCAAACUUGGCACGCCAGUUUUGCUGUCUCUGUCUAGAUACUUAAGAAGUGGAGCAAGAGAUUCAAUCGACCAUCCUUCCAGCUCAGACUGUGGGGAGGGAUUCACUCGUGCAUUUGACGAACUUGCAUGCCCGUCAUUUUACACAGGAGAAAGGCCGUUCACCCGCUCAGACAGUGGGAAUGGAUUCACUUGCUUAUCACAAUUGAAUGUACAUCAGCAAGCUCACACUGGGCAAGGCCAAUCACCUGUUCUGUGUGUGAGAAGGGAUUCAGUCGGUCUUCCCACCAGUGGUCAUACCAGUCAGUUCACACUGGGCAGAGGCUGGUCAUCUGCUGAAUUUGUGGGGAAAGGUUCACUCGGUCAUCUGACCUAAUGGCUCACCAGCGAGUUCACACGAGGGAGCAGCCGUUCACCUGCUCAGACUGUGAGAAGAGAUUCACUCACUCUUCCACCUUGUGGAAACACCAGCGAGUUCACACUGGGGAGAAGCCGUACAUCUGCUCAAUCUGUGGGAAGAGAUUCACUGAGUCAUCCACCCUACUGGUACAUCAGCGAGUUCACACUGGGGAGAAGCCAUUCACCUGCUCAGUCUGUGGGAAGAGAUUCACUCAGUUAACCCACCUACAGAGUCAUCAGCGAGUUCACACUGGGGAGAGGCCAUUCACCUGCUCAGAAUGUGGAAAAGGAUUCACUGAGUUAUCCAGCCUACAGAGACAUCAGCGAGUUCACAUUGGGGAGAAGCCGUUCACCUGCUCAGAAUGUGGGAAGAGAUUCACUCAGUCAUCCACCCUACAGAAUCACCAGCGAGUUCACACUGGGGAGAGGCCAUUCACCUGCUCAGAAUGUGGGAAAGGAUUCACUGAGUUAUCCAGCCUACAGAGUCACCAGCGAGUUCACACUGGGGAGAGGCCGUUCAACUGCUCAGAAUGUGGGAAGAGAUUCACUCGCUCUUCCAGCCUACAGAGACAUCGGCAAGUUCACUCCGGGGAGAAGCCGUUCAUCUGCUGAGAAUGUGGGACAGGAUUCAGUUAGUCAUCCCAACUGCUGGUACACCAGUCGGAUCACAAUGAGGAGUGGCCAUUGUUAUGAAUCUCUAGGUUUCAUUUGCUGUGGACUAUCAUUUUAAGAGAGAGAAAUGAAGAAGAUGAAUCAGUCUGACUUGCAGCUAUUUUACAUUGCUCGCAGCUUGGUUAGUUUAACCAAGGACAUAGACACUCAGAGUCAGAUGGGGAUGAAGGAGGAAAAAUGGAAGGAUCGAACCCAGGGAACUAGUGGACAAGGGUCACUGUUUGGAAUUUUUCUAUGCCCACAAUGGUAGGUUAAUUAUCAAUUCAGCAUACAUCGAAUGUGUGGUUGUUACCUUGUUUGAUCCAUAGGGGUGGAUCUGUUUUGGAGUAUCCUGUGAAGACCACUGAUGUGUUAACCCUUGCCUAGAUGUGGUGUGGUAAUUCACUUGACGAUACCUCUUGUGACAAGUCACUUUCGGUGAUAAUUCAUAUGUGGAUUUGGAAUGAUGACAGAUAAAAUCUACAGCAACUAUUCUCUCAUUUUACAACCAUGGAACCUGUGGAAUUCAACAUAAUUGCCUUCUCUCGACAUUUACCCUAGAUUACAAAUAUCUCUCUCUCAUCACCUAUUCUGUGGAUGAACUGAACAUUCAUACUUUACCAUCUCAAGACUCCAAGCCUUGUUUCCCCCGAGAAUAGUUUGGGAGCUAUAUUGACACUCAUGCCACUUAACUUUUGUUUAUCUUCCUUAAGUUAUUGUAUAAGUAGAUUCUAUUAAAGAUUGUUUUAACAUCAAAAACAGACUCCAGGUGUAGUCCAUUGCUGCUGGUUCAUUUCUAAAGCAUAACAAUUCAGAGUAAAAUUGGGGCCUGCAACCGGAAUAUGAACAGAUUUGGGGGUGUAUUGAUUAGUUAUCGAUUUCAUUGGGGAAAUUCCUUUUGAUUUAUUUGUGUGUGGAAAAUCAGCAGCAAUGGAUGUUGAUAGAUGUCAGGAAGCACUAGCCUCUGAGGCAUUAGAGGACGCCGGUAGGAUUGAGUUGUUGAGUCUUGCUAGAAGGUUAAAACUUGCUAAGGUGAAAUCGACAAUGAGGAGGGCUCAGAUGCAGAGGAUAAUAGCUGAACAUUAUGUAUCUGAGGGAGUGUUUAAAGUGGAGGAGUUGGAGUUUUUUCCUGAAAGUAAACCUCGUGAGCUUGAGCUCCAGUAGAAGUGAGAAAAAUUAAAGAUGGAGGCUGCGGAAAGGCAGUGGGAGCUUGAGACUAGACAGACAGAAAAACAGGGAGGAAGCAGAAAGACCGGCUGUUUGAGUUGGAAAAGAUAGAGAGAUUGCAGCAAAGGGGUCUAGCGUUAGACUCUAGUGUUAAGUUGAGGCCAGUCAAGAAGUUAAAUUGGUUCCUCUAUUUGACGAGGUAGAGGUUGAUAAAUACUUUCGGCAUUUUGAGAAGUUUGCUCAGAGUUUAAAAUGGCCAAGAGAGGGUUGGCAUAUUCUCUUACAAAGUGCAAUUCAGGAGAACGCUUAGCAAGCCGAUUCUGCUUUGGCAGUUGAUGAAGCAGCUGAUUAUAGAACAUAGAAUAGUACAGCACAAUACAGGCCCUUCGGCCCACAAUGUUGUGCCAACCCUUAAGCCCUGCCUCCCAUAUAUCCCCCCACACCUUAAAUUUCUCCAUAUACCUGUCUGGUAGCCUUUUGAAUUUCACUAUAUCUGCUUCCACCACUGACUCAGGCAGUGCAUUCCACACACCAACCACCCUCUGAGUGAAAAAAACCUUUCUCUAAUAUCCCCCUUGAACUUCCCACCCCUUACCUUAAAGCUACGUCCUCUUGUAUUGAGCAGUGGUGCCCUGGGGAAGAGGUGCUGGCUGUCCACUUUAUCUAUGCCUCUUAAUAUCUUGUAUACCUCUAUUAUGUCUCCUUUCAUUCUUCUUCUUUCCAGAGAGUAAAGCCCUAGCUCCCUUAAUCUCUGAUCAUAAUGCAUGCUGACUAAACCAGGCAGUAUCCUGGUAAAUCUCCUCUGUACCCUUUGCAAUGCUUCCACAUACUUCCUAUAGUGAGGCGACCAGAACUGGACACAAUACUCCAAAUGUGGCCUAAUUAGAGUUUUAUAGAGCUGCAUCAUUACAUCGCGUCUCUUAAACUCUAUCCCUCGACAUAUGAAGGCUAACACCCUAUAAGCUUUCUUAACUACCCUAUCUACCUGUGAGGCAACUUUCAGAGAUCUGUGGACAUGUACUCCCAGACCCCUCUGCUCCUCCACACUAAUAAUUAUCCUGCCAUUUACUUUGUACUUUGCCUUGGAGAUUUCAGCUUCCAAAGAGCACCACCUCACACUUCUGAAUGUAGAAGCAAAAAGUAGUAAGGUGAAAAGUAAAAGUGGCAGGCAGGCAAAUCCGGGGCAAAAAUCAAAAAGGGCCAGUUUUCAACAUAAUUGUAUAAGGGCUAAGAGUGUUUAAAAACAAGGCUGAAGGCAUUGUGGGUCAAUGCAUGGUGCAUUUGUAACAAGGUGAAUGAUUGAAUGUGCAGAUAGUUAUUAAUGAAUAUGAUAUAGUUGGGAUCCCAGAGUCAUGGCUCCAGGGUGACUAAGGAUGCGAGGUCAACAUCCAGGGAUAUUCAAUAUUCAGGAGGGAUAGACAAGAAAGAAAAGGAGGUGGGGUAGCGUUGCUGGUUAGAGAGGAGAUUAAUGCAAUAGAAAGAAAGGAAAUUGGCCUGGAGGAUGUGGAAUCAAUAUCAGUACAGCUGCAUAACACUCAGGGGUAGAAAACGCUGGUGGGAGAUGUGUACAGGCCACAUAACAGUACUAGUGUGGUUUCGGAUGGCAUUAAACAGGAAAUUAGAAAUGCGUGCAAUAAAGGUACAACAGUUGUAAUGGGUGAGUUCAUUCUACAUAUAGAUUGGGUGGACCAAGUGGGUAAGGGUGCUGAGGAAGAAGAUUUCUUGGAAUGUAUGCAAAAUGGUUUUCUGAACCAAAAUGUCGAGGAACCAACUAGACAGCAAGCCAUUCUAGACUGGGUAUUAUUGUGUGAUGAGAAAGGGUUAGUUAGCAAUCUUGUCGUGCGAGGCCCUUUGGGUAAGAGUGACCAUAAUAUGGUGGAAUUCUUCAUUAAGAUGGAGAGUGACGUAGUUAAUUCAGAAAAAAAAGGUUCUGAACUUAAAGAAGGGUAACUUUGAAAGUAUGAGAUAGGAAUUAGCUAAGAUAGACUGGCAAAUGAUACUUAAAGGGAUGAUGGUGGAUAUGCAAUGGCAAGCAUUUAAA